AUGAAUUUUAGCAUUUUGCGCAAACUGAACGGCUAUCAUCCAUUUUUAUACAAUCUAACCGUAGACUUUUGUCGCUACAUGAAACAUCCGAACCCCAUGGUAGUGUUUUAUUAUUUUCAGCGCGCCUUUCAGCCAUACUCCAAUCUGAAUCACACGUGUCCCUACAAUCAUGAUGUUAUAGUUAAUGAUUUUGUCUUGGAUGAUAAAAUGUUUGAUAAGCUGCCGUUGCCGAAAGGCAACUAUUUGCUACUGCUGAAAAUUGCAAUUAAUUCGAUUUGGGCAUUGCAGAUAUCUACCUAUAUGGAUGUAGACGUGCGUCAAACCAUUAGGAAUGGCUAA